UUUACUGUAUGUGCGCCAUAAGUCUUCAGUCACACUACCGUGGUGCGAAGCAUAGGAGGCCCUUUGCAGGUAUGGCAUCAGCAGAAGAACACUGUUUAUUUUGUGAGUUGUGUUUGGAACACAGAUGAAGAUUGUUCUGGUUCUAUCAAAGAUCCAAGUUUCCUUGCUCCCCUUCAAGUCUAGAGUUAAGUAGAAAUGCCUGCCAUGUCCUACAGGCUUUUCAGAAACAAGUAAUGUUCAAAUCUGUGAAGAGAGCUGUUAGCAUUUGUCUUCAUCAUUUCAGUAUUCUCAUUUCUUGUCUCUCACCCCUGAUUGUUGCACAUCAGAACCUGUGGUUGAAAUGCCUGAUGUGCAGACAACUUUUCUGUCCUUUUUGUGGCAGGAAAAUCAACCAUUGCUGUUUAAACAUUUCAGUCAUGCAUAUUUGUGUUGAUACUUGGAAUGCUAAUGUAGCUAGUUGCAGGAAAAUGACCUUGCUGUUGGAUUGUUUAUAUUUGGUCCCAAAAAGCAUGCCAUUGUGUUCUGCACCAUAUCUUCUGUUAGUUCUCUUUCUCCACAGAGAAACUUCAAUUGUGGAGAUUUCUUUUGAGGGGAAAAGCCAAGCAGAAGACAAAACCCCAGAACUUGAUUUGUUUAUUAUGAGUGUGAAGUAUUAGAAUAAGUAGAAUUUCCAUGCAUAUCCUUGUAUAUCUGACUGAUGUAUUUAAAGAUGGGGUAUGUUUAAGACAAACUAAAUUAUGUUCAUAUAAUACUUAACUAUGCAAUUGAAACUGUUCUGUUAAAUAACCUGUGAACUUCAGUUGUGUAGGCAACUACCUUAUGCAGUAGCUCAUACAGACUGCCAUGUGCCCAGAAGGUUUGAAUCCUUAAAACCAGUAGUUUUUGAGUUUUGGCUUCUCAAAGUUAGACACUUUGCCAAAAGUUACUCUAACUUUUCAGUCUUAGCUCAAAAACAGCUGUUACAAUUCCUGAACCAGAACAGAGAAUAAGAUUCUCACCAAAUGUGUGAGAAUCUUAAUUCCUGAUCUAGUAGCAGGGAUCACAAGUAAAAUAGACACUUUAGCUUCAGUUGUGAAACUACAUUUCUGAUAUUAACAAAAGCAGUAAACCAGGUGCAGUCAAAGGUGAUUGUCUGAAAAUAGCAGGAGGAAAUUCUCUUUAAACAGCAGCUCACAAUUGCUAAUGUUUUCUGUGCUUGUCUGAAAACUUGGUAUUAGCAGCUGUUUGUUGUAAAACUGGAGAAUGAGUAACAAAAGCACUUGGAACAGCAUAACUGUGAGGAACACUGUGUAUUACUAAGCUUGUGAAAUCCUGUUGAAUUUAUACAAAACCAUCCACUGCCUGUGGCAAUACCAGGACUUGGGUCACUUCCUUAUUUUAUAGCUGCCACGAAAGUACAGCUGCUUGGCUUCUCAGACAAUUAACUGUUUUAUCAGUCUUGCUUCCUGUUGAAUUGCCACACCCAUGUCCAGCAUCUCUUCCAUGCCACUGAAUAUUGAAAAUACAGCACUUAACUCCAUGGACUGCUCUGGACAGACAGCUGCUGUAGUGGUAGAAUGAUCACACUAUUGUUUUAUUCUUGUAAAUGACAAGUUUGUGUUUACUUGCCAGAAAAUUGUCAAAAUGAAUCAGGAUUGCUUAGCUAUUAAAUGGAAAUUUAACUUCUUUUCUUUAGAUUCUGCCAAAAAGCAACCAUCUAUUCUGGAUUCAGCCAGUGCAAGACACUUUUCCUGUUCUUCAUGAUAUGAAUGAUCUUUCCUGAGAUUUGGCUAGCCUUAAGGUUUAACCAAAUCCACUCAGAAAAUGAUGGGGGAGCUGCUUUCAGUUAGUUUUUCCUUUUGGCGUAAGAUUUUUUUUGUUGUUGUCGGAACUACGCCUUCUGAAAACUUAGGAGCUGUAGUCAUACUUUAGGUUUUCUGGCAUCGUUCAGAUGUGUUUCAAGCCAUAAUCAUCCCUUAAAACUUCGCUAAAUAACAGGGUUUUCUUGAAAGUAACCUUGUGUUAACUGUAAGUACAACUCUGUCGGUACUUCCAGCUUUUGCAGACAAUCAUAAAGGCUCUAAUUUUUCCUGUUUGACCAUGGAAAUUUUGGCCUGUAAUGAAAUUCAUCUGCAAAGGCUUCUCUGGAAGUGCUGGAUUUUUCCUUCAAAUGAUGCAGCACAUUAAUUUAUUUUUCUUAUUCUAUUUUGGGAUGACUUGCAUCUUCAUAAUUAAAGCAAGAGAAAGCCAUGAGACGCAGGAAUCUCUAUUGUUCUUCGGCUCUAAUCCAAGUUCCAAUGAAGUACCGAGUGCUCAGACGAGUGAAGAGAUCAUUCACAGGGUACAUAACCUGUCUGAAGGAUUUUGUGAAUGAUCCCAGAAGAGAAGAGCCUCUAGUUGGUUUAGAACAUGUGGUUGAAGUCAGAUUUGAAGGAAGAAGAGAGCCACGCUACGAGUGCAGGCUGUGUGGGUGUAAUUCAGAGGUGGCACCUAUGAUAGAACAUCUUAGUGGAUAUAAACACAGAAGAGAAUACAUUUCUAAAGAAUUUCCAGAUAAAAUAAAGAAAAAAACAAAAGAUACAAAAGAAUGCAAAGUCUCGUUUUUCAGACGAAUAGCAGGAGAGCUGGAGAAGAGUGAAGGAUUAAAAAUGUAUAAGAUGGAAGGUUACAUAAGACCAGCUACCUCAUCCCCAUUGAAGAAGAAAUCAAGGUGGGAAGAUGAUUAUAAGCCAGAGAAUGAUCCUGUUCGGAAACAGAAAGCUCUGGAGUUCUUGGAGACUUUUCACAUCACCUCAGACUCAGAAGCAACACUUAUUGUUCGCAUUACACAGGAACUCAUGGAGGCUUUGAAGGCCUUUUGUGAAAAGAAAGCAGCAGAUAACUACGCCAACAGUUUAGGCCCACUGGUGCCAGUACCACAAGAUGAAUUUCCAGAAAGGCAAAGCAUCCCAGAACACUAUGGGCCAGAUGUAGAAUACAAAGGAAGUUCUGACUGGAAUCAAGGGGUUUUUUCUCAGUAUGAAGAGUAUUCUGAAGAUGCUUCUUUUGCUCCUGCUCACCCCAACAGUUACCAAGCAGAUGAUGGAUCAUCCUCCUGUCAUCUGACACCUGACAACUUUGCAAGUGUGUCUCUGCUCGGGGACUCUCCUGCUGUUGAGCCUGACAUUCCUGCCAGUGGUGUCAGCCAAUGGCUGAGACAGCUCAGGAACGCUGCGCCCUCCAUGAAUUUGGCUCCUGGGGCCUCUUCAUACCAGAGCAGCCCAGUGAAGGAAUACUCAGCAGAAUACAUAUCCAGUGAUGUGCAAGGAAAUGAGCUCUGUGAUAACAGACUCUCAUUUGGCAGAGAAAAUACAAAAUGGAGCAAUCAACAAGUGUGUACCAAAGCAGGGCAUAUAAGUGACCAAGAAUUAUCCUAUCUCAAUUAUUCUGCCUCAUAUCCUUCAUCUGGAAGAUACUUUACAAAUUAUACUUCACAAAACUAUUCCUCUUACAAGAACUAUGAGUCUGUUAAUACUUGUACAUCUUCUGCAAUUUCUACUGUUUCAGGAAGAGGUGGAUCCAGGUGGCACCAGGACACUAGGUGGAAUGAGUGGAAGGAGGACUACAGGUGUUACGAGGAUUCCAGCUGGAAGCAGGAAUCUAGGUGUCAAGAAUUCAGGUAUCAGAAAUCAGGCUACCAGAGAGACUGGAGUUCACAUCAGGACUCAUUUUCUGCCAGUGGUUCGUACCAAGAUCACCAUCAGUUCAGAAGCUCAGAAGAGAUGUUUGAUGGAGCUGAUGUUGGUCUUGCUCCCAACACUGUGAACAAACUCCUAGGGAAGGAUGUGCCUACAAUGACCAGGAUGCUCAAGCAGUUGGCUCCGUAUCACCCAGCGCUUCAAAAAGUAAAUAUUCAGACAUUCGUCAACGUGCUAAUAGAAGCUAGAGAGAAAGAUUAAGGAGCAACAGCUGGACUGGAAACAGAUGAAGAGACUUGAGAAUCUCCACCACUUGGCUUUCAGGAAAGAGACUGCAUUUAACUGUGCUUGACUGGCUUGGGAGAGGUAAAGGGAGGUAGGGUUUAAGUUUUUAACAUGUGAAAUAUAGCUGGAACAUGAACUUGCACAUAAUGGGUGAACAUACUAUUUUGUUUAGGCUUUUUUGUAAUGUAUUUGUUAUAUCUUAGUAUCUUUCAGAAAAAAAAGAUCUUUUGUUAUUUUUUGAAAAUGUGUUAAAAUUACUCUGUCAGCAAAAAGCUAAUGAUCCUUUUAAUACCCUUCUCAAUUCAGAAGAGAAAGAAAGGUUUACUUUUAUGCUACCUACUUAGGAAGAAUAUUAAUUCAAAAUACAAGUUUACUUUUCUUCACACAAAUGUAAGGCCAGUUCCAUUAAUUUGAGGCAUUAUAAUUAGCAUAUUUUUAGAAAUUGAUACACUACAUUUCUGUUUAGACAAAGAAAGGAGAAUGUCACAGCAUAGGUAUUCUCUCUAUGUUAAUGUGAUGCUAUAUGAGGAAAAUAUAAUCUCUACUAGAGGACUGGUAUGUAACAGGGCAUAUCAGUUUGCAGAGUAAGAAAUGGUGAGAAAUACAUGCAAAUUUUUAAAUAAUGUUGUUCAAAAUGAAAUAAUUAUAAAUUAUCCUAAAAACUCAUUUGGUGGAUGAACCCAUGCUAAAAUAAAAAUUCUUGAUUCUUUGUACUGGCAAAAGCAUAUUAAGAAAUAGUAGAACCCAUAAGGCAAUCAGAUAAAAUAACAUGAAAAAAUAAACAAAAUGUUGUACUAACUGAGUAGUACUUACCAGUUCAUGAGGUGUAUCAGAGCCACAUGCUCAUGAGUGCCUGGCUUUAGGUAUCUGCUCUAUGUAAUUAAAACCAGCUUACAUGGAGCUGAAGAAAAGAAGUAAAGUGAGACAGUUUACUCCUGAGUGUCUGUUUUCCUUUUCACUGCUGCAUUGUGAACUAUCAUUUUUCUUCUCACCCAUGCUGGAACUGUGUCUCUGUGCAUUAAAUACUGGUGCUGAAGCAGGGUUAGUCUUCAUGAGCUGUCAUAAAACAUUUUGGAUCUUGUUAUGUAAAUUUUAAUAAAAACUCAAUUCCAAAUAAUUUAUUAUUGAGCAUAAGUAAACUCAAUUCCCUAAAAUUUUCCUUCUGUCAUUACUUUGUUUCUGCAUCUGAAAAGAUCUGCUUUCCUUUUUCGUUCCUGUUCACUGUGUUUCGUUCCUGUUCACUGCUCAUACUUACUGAAGUGUUGGAGUGGUUUGUAACAUCACACACCUCAUAGUUGUGCCAUACACCUCCAUGCACUGAAUUACAUACUCAAGCUUCUUGCUGAAAGGGGAAAAUUGUUUUUUCUACCACAGGUGUCUGCCAGAGUUUUGAUUUACAAGUCUGUAGGAUUGAUUUGUCAUUAUAUCUACAUUUAAAAAUUACCAGAAGUUAUUUACACAAAUGUUACUAGCAUCGUUUUUUUCCUCACAGAAAGUGUAGUGCAACUAAAAUUCUGGAACUGUAGAAAAAAAUGUUGCUAGGAAAUAUUACUGCUGCAACUCUGUUAAUUCAAGUUAAGACCUUUUCAUUUGAGGUUGUUGCAGGGAACUCUUUUCCUCAUUUCUCACUCCCUUUUGGAUUUUACUGCCAUCACUGUAUACCCCAGUGACACACAGUAGCUGGAUGAGCUCCACCCAGAUUAGAUGCUUUUUGCACCUACAGGUUCUGUAAUUUUUCCUUCUGGGCAACAGUUACUGUCCUUCCUUUGUUGUUGUGCAGAGUCCUGCAUUGGGGAAACAGUUCUUGCUGUUGGAGUUGGAGUAGUAAGACAGCAUUGAUUUGCUAAAGCUUUCCUGAACUGUAGAGUGCUGAGUGCUUCUUACUGCCAAGAAAGCCCUUUGCCAUAUCUUGCUCCUAAGUAGUACAGAAUUGGAGCAGAACUCUGUCUGGACUCCACCUCACCAAGUGGCUCCUGCCAGCCUGCAGAGCAGCACCGGAUGCCUGGCACCAUCAGCACCACUGCAGCUGCAUCACAGGCCUUGGCAUGGAGGCAGUAGUUCUCAGAAUGCACCUGAGCCCUUGGAGCAAAUUUCCAAUUUCCUUAGAAAGCCAGUCACACAAACCCAGACUGGAACAUGUCUUGGACUGGAAAUAAAUGGUCCGCUUUUAGUCAGUUUCUUGGUGUGUGGUGUACCUGCCUUUCACAUUUUUAGAAGUGUGUUUCCCAGUGGGACAAGAGUUGUUCCAGUCCAGAGCCACCUUGAUGAUUCUCUGCAUUAGUGAUGCUUCUUUAGGAAGGGCUGGAGUCAGCUGUUCUGCACCAAGGGCAGUGAAAUACAACAAGGUCAGCUGGACACGGAGGCAUCUUUCAGGGCAGACAACUUGGCAAGUUUCUCAAAUUGCAGUUUUUUAGUUUGUACCAUGGACUUACUCCUCAAAACAGUUCCCAGAAUUACUGGAUUUUAUCUGGAUGUAUGAUCCAGAGGGGCAGCUUCCUUAGUGGAAAGAAACAGGGGAGCUCUUUUGAGCCCAGAAAUUCUCAAAAGAAUUCUCUUGUUUUGUUUCUGGAGAGAGCAUAUAUAGUUAUUAUCUCAGCCUUCCAGGGAGGGAAGGUUCAAAGAGUAACUGGUGGAAGUAUUUUUCCCUUGUUUUCUUCAAGGUAAGUAACUUUCACAGCUGUUGGAUGAGGUGGUUUCUGACACUGGUUGUUACUCCUAUCUCUCUCCUCACCCAAAACCAAUUCCUUGCCUUUUGGGUGAGGACACCCAGAGUGCUUUGGGCCAUCUCCUUGUUUCAGGGUGCUUAUGCUCUGGGGUCCAUAGGUUUUCCCCCACAUACUUGACACCAGAAGAGUGUUCAGUGUUGCUGAGCUGUCAUUGAGGCUCUGCGUAUCACUUGACAAAUAGUAGCAGCUUCUUCACAUGACAAAUGCUUUGUAACAGUUGCACAGUUGCCACUUUGCUGCCUUCAGCCUGACACCAGACACUCUAAUGUGGGUGAGACAGACUCAGAAUCAUCUGAGUUGGAAAGAGUCCACAAGAAUCACUAAGUCCAGCUGUUCAGUGAAUGGACCAUACAGAGACUGAAUGUGUGACCUUGGUGUUAUUUGUACCAUUCUGUGACCAUCUGAGCCAAUCUCAGGGUCACAUGGAAGUAACAUUGUAACUCUCGUUGUCUUUGUUUCCUCCAAGAGUUACUGCAAGAGAUGGUUUGUGACAGUCA